AUGGCUCCUAUCCCAGUGACAAUUGUAACUGGCUUCCUCGGUUCCGGAAAGACAACCAUCCUCCUCAAUCUCAUCCCUCAACUCCCCCCAACCUACCGUCUAGCACUUCUGAAGAACGAAUUCGGCGACGUCGCUAUCGAUUCCCAACUAGCCUCUUCCCAAUCAAUCUCCGGUGUGCGCGAGCUCCUCAAUGGCUGCAUCUGUUGUAACCUCGUGGGCCAGCUAGGCGAUGCCCUGAACCAACUCCGCGACGAAGUGAAGCCGGACCGCAUUGUGAUCGAGACGAGUGGGAGUGCGUUCCCCGCCACGCUGGCGAUGGAGGUGAGCCGGCUUUCGCGAGAGCAAGGGGGUAGUUUCGUGUUGGAUGGGGUGAUCAGCGUGAUCGAUGUGGAGAAUUGGGAGGGCUACGAUGAUACGUCCUACACGGCUAAGAUGCAGGCCAAGUACACGGAUCUGAUCAUCUUUAAUAAGUGGGAGGGUGUUCCUGAGAUGAGGUUCGAUAUCUGCUUGGAUCGCGUGGGGGAUCUGGGGAUCGAGACGCCGUGGGUGAAAUCGAAUAAGGGGAAAGUGGAUAAGAGUGUUCUACUGGGGAUUGAUGGCGCCUUGCUUUCGAAGGCAGAUAAUGUGGAUGCUUUGAAAUCCCUCUCGAAUAAUGGAGACAAUCACCACCACGGUCAUAGCCAUGACCAUCAAUCCGAGGUCGAGGUCCUCUCCGUCACGCUGAAAUCGGCCGCCUCUACAAGUUCCUACAUCGACGUCUCCUCUUUCGAGAAUCUUCUCAGAUCUGCUCCCAGGGAAGAAGUCUAUCGCAUCAAAGGCAUAGUCCGGACCUCCACAUCCAACCCCCCAGCGGAAUCCUCAGAACACACCGAGAACAACACCAAACCGCAACAAUCCGACCCUCCAUCUUCUCAGCACUAUAUCCUCAACUGGGCAUUUGGCCGAUGGACCUUCACGCCCUCCGCGAUAGUUGCCGAAAAUGUAGAUGCCACAGCGGUGGCCCGUAUCACUUUCAUCCUGGCCCGGUAUGAAUCCGCUAAGUGGAAGAAGAAGCUUGAAGCCGGUGGCCUUGUCCAAGUCGACGGUGGAUCCAACGAAGGCGCGGAGCUGUCGGUUGAGAGGCUUCUUUAA